UGUUGAUUUCAAAAUUUUCAUCGUCAUACGUCAACGUCAUAGUUGGUAAUUAAUUUUUGACAUUGAUAUGCAAACAUUGUGAAUUGUGGUUAAAACAUGUGGUUUCGGUUUCGUGACUUUGGAUUGUAUUAAAUAAGUAAAAAUGGUUGUAAAAUUAUUAAAUAGUGAAGCAACAGCCACCAAAUAUGUGUUUAAUAGAAAAGCUGGCCGGAGUAUUAUAGAACGACGACCUGUAUUCUCGCCCGAUGGAGAAUAUAUAAUUUUAAUAGUUGAAAAUUUGGCACGAGUAUAUAACAUUCAAACGGGGGAUUGUAUCCGUACACUUGAGACUGAAGGACCAAUAAAUGGGCUGGUAGCUGUUCAGUUUCCUGAUGAUGAAGAUUAUAACUUGUAUGGUUGUUCAGAUACAGGUCUGAUUACAACAUGGACUUGGGAACAAGGAGCUGUACUUCGUGAAGUACAACUCCAAAUACCAAGUCCAAUGAGGGUGUGCACAUUUAACUUAGUAGACAGUAAUGAAUGUUUCAUCAUUAGUUUUGAUGGAACACAUAAAGUUCAUCUUGCAACAUACUCUAUCAAAAAUGGUAGCUUAUUGUAUGAUUACACUAACACCAAUAUAAAUUACUUUGAGAUUAUGUGUGUUGCUAUUGGAUGGUGCCAAGGUGACAGAUUUGCAGCCAUCACUAAUGGAACUAGGACACUUUAUGUCCAGAAUUUAUAUCAACCCCAUUUGAAAACACAAAUAAACAAUCUCAAUGGAUUCAGAGUUUUAUCAGUAGCGGCUCACCACAAUGAAAAUAUGGUUGCAAUAACUGAUACACUAGGUAGAGUGAUAAUCAUCCGUGGAAAUUUGUAUGACAACAGGAAUAUUGGCAGAGAAGUAUUACAUUGGCAUGCCUUACCAACACUAGCUUCAUGUUUCUCGACUCAGGGUAAUUAUCUAAUUACUGGUGGAGUGGAAAAGGUUUUGGUCAAAUGGACUUUGGGAAACUUGGCGAACAGGGCCAAUGAAAAGAGUUUCAUUCCAAGGCUGCCAGGCAUUAUCCGAUAUAUUACAGCUAAUAAUUCGCACAUUGCAAUAACACUCUCCAAUAACUCUGUAGUUAUAGCAAGUGCACCCAUGCGAGUGGUCACAACAAUUCUUGAAUGUGGAGGACUGUCGCCCGUUUGCAGAGCUCUUGGCGUAUCGCUCAUCUACCAUCGGCCCCUGUCUGCAUUGCUCAUGCCAGGCAGGACUGGACAUUUGCAGCUGUACUCCACCACUACAGAUAAAGUUCUUUAUAAUAUUGACAUAACAGGAAUGAACAGUCUCUCGUCGGAAAGACAGAACCUUAUACCGCUAGAGGUAGAAGUCACAUGUGCUGCAAUCAGUGCAGAUGGAACAUGGCUUGUAACGUCAGAGUACCGAAACGACGGCAUUAACUAUCCUGAGGAGCAGCUUAAGUUUUUUAUUGCACAAGCUAAUAAUACAUCGCCUUUCAACCUAAACACAUGCGUCAACCUAUCACAUGGAGGAUGCAGAGUUGUGUCUUUAGCACUGAACAAUAAAGGUGAAUUUUGCGUGUCAUCUGGCACAGACCAAAAAUUCAGGAUAUGGAAACGCGAACAGCAUCGAAAGAAAGUUGUCUGGUAUUGCCUCACCGCCUGUUAUUACUCAUCCGGGAUAGCCCAUUUUCUAGGCAAUCCGGUGCUAAACAAAUUCAAAACAGGUGAGAACCUCCACCCUAACGAAGUUAAAGACUAUCCGUACAUGAAGAAUGUUGGCAAGGACGAUGUUAUAAAGGAAAUUUUCAACAUUCACAAGAACGUCGGGCCGGCGUUUGCAGACAAUGGAGUUGUUGAAAGAAGUAUAGGUAAAGGAAGCGAUGAAUUUUCUAUGGGAGGUGUUGCGAUAUCACAGGAUGGUUCGUUGAUCGCCGCGUGGUUUGGAUGUAAACUAACUCUAUGGGACAGCCACCUGUGCAAUUUACGGACGACUCUAUCGCAUCCCGCAUUGCAGCCCAAAGGUGUUCAUGUCCAGUUUGGGAAUAAUGAUGCUGCACAUUAUAUAGUUUGUACGACCAAUAGUUGUGUGGCUGUAUGGAGUCUUUUGUCUCUGACUAUAAAAUGGAUGGUUCAGAUAGAAACUACCUGUCUGGUAGCUGAUCCCUAUAGCAACAAGAUGGCGAUGGUCACUACAAAUAAUGAUGUGUACGUCUUCAGCCCUCACAAUUCCACGCCUCUAAUAAUACAAAAGGGCUUGUCGAAUCCUGCGUCUGGAAUCUUUAAGUAUUGUGCAUUUGGCACAUCUACUGGCGACGACGUGAGACUGUAUUUAAUGAGAAAUGAUUCCGAGAUCUACAGUUUAGAACCAGAGCAGUCAGAAGCAGGUCGCCUGGAAGUGAUAUCACAGAGGAACCUCCCGGCUUCAAAGUUUAGCGCGCUAAUGGCCGAACAAAGCCUGUAUGACGUGACAUCCUCUACUAAUAAUGCAACACAAGAAUUGAAUAAGGCUGCGCUUGGAAACACAGCUAUCUCUCAGUUUCUAUCAGCCGCCCCUCAUAUGGUGCCUCCAGUGAGUUUGCUGUGUCCAUUGUUCCUCCAACACAUAUCGGGAUACAAAGAAAUAGAACAAUCUGAUGAAGAAGAAACCAUCAUGGAAAUCGACCAAAAUUCUAGUGACGAUGAUGAGUUACAGGUUAAGUCCACUCAUACACCUAAACCCGCCCAGCUUUGGGCCCCGAGUUACGAACAAGUCAAGGAAAAACGGUUAAGCAGAAUGCUAAGAGAACCGCUAUUAGACUUACAUAUGACAUCAUCCUUGUUUAGUGUUUGAUAUUAGGAAUAAAUAAUUUUCAAAUAU